AUGACCGAGCAAUCGCUGCAAUUUUUCAUCUUCGGCAACCCAGUGGCGAUGUCGCCGUCGCCUACGAUCCACAGCACUGGCUUCACGGUGAAUGGAAGUCCCAACGUAUACGACAGGUUUGACAACAAGGACAUCGAAGAGGUUGUAUCCGAAUUGCGCAAGCCUUCUUGUGGUGGCGGCUCAGUAACUAUACCGCACAAGGAAUCCAUCAAGGCUUACAUGGACGAGUUGACAGAUGCCGCCCGCACAAUCGGCGCUGUCAACACAGUGACGAAAUGUGGUGACCGGCUCAAAGGCGACAACACAGAUUGGUUGGGCAUCAAGAACCAAUUGGAAACUCGCCUUCGAGGCCGGACAAAGACCAAUUUGACAUGCCUGCUCUGUGGAGCUGGCGGGACUGCAAGGGCAGCCGCCUAUGCGAUGAAGCAAAUGGGGGCAUCCAGAGUGCUGAUCUACAACAGGACAGCCCUCAGGGCGCAAGAGCUGGCGUCAGAGUUCGGGUUUGAGGCUUGUGCAGAUCUAGCUGCUCUGCAGCACCUAGCAGAGUUGCACGUGGUGGUCAAUACCUUGCCAGGGAGCACCGAGUUCACUCUUCCAGAUUCAGCCGUCUUGCGGAGGAGCAGACCUGUUGUGUUGGAAGCCGCAUAUAUCCCACGACGGACAGCCUUCCUCCGCCAAGCUAUCGGUGCAGGCUGUGAGGUUGUCGAGGGCGUCGAAAUGCUUUUCGAGCAAGGCUGUGCGCAAUGUGAGAUUUGGACUCAAAAGCCAGCUCCACGAUCACAAAUUGCCAGGGCUCUAGUCGAGGCCCUUUUCAAAGCGGGUCGCCGCCUCGGUCUCGUCGGGGUGGCGGGAUGGGGAAGUGGCUCGAGCCAGGCCGUUCAGGUUACCGUUGAUCGCUCUUCACCGCUGUCUGACAUCAAGAAGGUCCUGGCCGACUUGUUCGACAGGCCCGAGAUCGCCGCGGAUGGCCAAUUUCUGAAGCAGAUGCCGAAUGGUGCCACUGUCAAGAUGCACGAUGCACAGAAGAUCGGCACCAGGAAGGAGCUGCUUUACGAGGGCCCACCGUUGGCCGUCGUUUCCGAGGCAGUUCCACUGACGAAUCUCGACGAGUUCGAUGGUUUCGACGAGAAGGUUGACGUGCUGUCGCCACGCUCGCUUCGAGCACUAGAGCUUCAGGGGGUUUCUCCAGAUGAGUUGUACUAUGCCCCUGCUGAAUGCUUUUGGGAGCCAGACCUGGACAGAAGGAUCAUGCAGCUGCAUCAUGACUUCGUUGAGGCCUGGCGCCAGGACACUCUCUCCAUGUGCCGAGCGCAGAGGCGCCGGAUCCUUGAGCAGGACGUUGCUGCUGACUCUGAGCUGGACAGAAGCACGCGCGAUUGGAUGGCGUCGAUCAACUGCUCCAGCAAGCAGGAUGAUACUAUCGAUCGCUCGCAGUCUUUGUCACUGGCUGCCAUGCCACGCUUCCUAAACACUUCCAGCUCGCCUGAGGAGCAGAUCGCGGGGACGGGUGGACAUUGGGCUGGCAUCCUGGAGCCACACGUGUAUCCUCUCACCAAUCAGUUCUUCGAGGAUCUUCAAUAUUGGAUGCAAUUGGAGAAGGUCUUGGAGCGCUCGCAUCUCGGUCUGCCGCCGCAUGCCGGAGCCGAAAGCCAACCCUCUAAAGGCGCAGCGAAAUCUGAUGUCCUUGGUCUCGGCCGUUCCGGCUAUGCCUUUUUGUUCAAGGCCGCCCUGCACAAGUGCCGGAUAGAAGGAAGGCUUCGACAGUUUGGGCUCUUGCGGCAGCGAUGGGCCUUGUGCGUCUCAGGUGUCCGGAAAGACUGCGAAGGAAGCACUGGAAGAAGUGGAACGGCUCUGCGCUCAUGGACAAGAGUGACCAACCCGUCGCCUUGUCGCAUUGCAGAAUCGAGGCAGCGCCGGAGAAGUUCGAGGCAAAGACACCAGGCCUUGCAGUACGCACCUGCCUAA